AUGGCCUCCGGCUGGUUCUUCGGGCUCAAUGCCACCGACGACCAACUGGUGUGGCGCACCAUGCUCGGCCCGCACCCGAACGCCGUUAUCACCGUGUCGGCCACCGUGCACCGCGGCGGAUUGCUGGUAGGCGUCUCGAGCACCGAGAACCAGUUCGGCCCCGUUGCGGCGCUCGACGCCCGGUCGGGCCGCGUGGCGCCGCAGACCUACAUGACGCCAACUACUCGCGCCGGUGUGGGGCUCUAG